UUCCUUUUUUAUUUAACUGCAGCGUCGAAAAUGGGAACUAGUUUUCGUCUUUAUUAUUUGACUAGUAUGUCCUGUAAUUUUGAGUUAAUUGAACUGGUUGGUACUGACUCAGGACAUUGAAAAACGCGAGUUAAAUAGAACCCGUGUUAUCGCAAUAUUUGAACAUCAAUCGAAUGUACUACUAGUUGCUUCUUGAUCUGUUAUUACUCAUUAUUUCCUCGUGCAGUGAAGUUUAGCUACAAGCAGAAUCUCUUUAUUAAGUUGAUUUAGAUGGUGAGAAGAGCGCUUGGAACCUCUCUGUUAUUGGUAGAUUUUGGUUCAAUUCUUACCGAAGAUGCUUAUAGUAUAAGUUUCUCAUCAAGAAGAAGUUUGGCCCGUCUGCGUGAGGUGAAAUUUAGUUGGGCCAAUUCUGCCUGCCAGGAUGGUUGCGGUAUGGGUGCACAAGGUCUUGUUCUUCCUGGAAAAUUAUCAAAUAUCAAAGUUGUACUUAAUGGUGGCCAAAGGGUUACUUUACUGCGACCUGAUGGAUAUUUCUCGUUCCAUAAUGUGCCAGCAGGAACUCAUCUAAUUGAAGUAGAUGCAAUAGGCUAUUUCUUUUCCCCGGUCCGAGUUGAUGUCAGUGCCAGAAAUCCGGGCAAGGUUCAGGCCACAAUGACAGAGAAUAGGAGGGAUUUGAGUGAGUUAGUUUUAGACCCGCUGAGAGAGGAACAAUAUUACGAGAUUAGAGAACCCUUUUCCAUUAUGUCUGUUGUGAAAAGCCCAAUGGGUCUGAUGACGGGAUUUAUGCUGGUAGUCGUGUUUCUAAUGCCCAAAUUAAUGGAGAACAUUGAUCCUGAGGAAAUGAGGCGAGCCCAAGAAGAAAUGAGGAGCCAAGGGGUUCCCUCCUUGGCAAGCUUGUUACCUGGUGGUGCUGCCAGGAGUUGAGGAGUUAAGGAUGAAAUACUGUGCCCCCCCGGUCCUUCCGUGUUCAAAACAUUAAUCAGAAUUUAUGCUCUCAGAUUAUACCUCUUUUUGUUGGCACCUCUGGAAGGUAUUAGUGUUGCCUUGGUGAGGACCUUUAAAACAUAUGCUGGCCCGGUCCUAGUGAUUGCGUUUGUGAUGUUGAUAACCGUCCACAAUAUUCUCAACUUCUCUCUCCAUUAUGCUUGCUUGAAAAUAGGUGGGAACUAUUUUGAAAGGGUGUCUCUGUGUCUGUGUUAGUGGCACACUCCUUUAGAAAACUCAAAAUGCCUGUACUCGAAAUCACAAGAUCCUGUGCAUCGGAGUAUCAUUCAGUCGAUAUUGCAAUCCGUAAUUGUAUUUAGCUGAUAUUGAUUUGAAGCUCGAGUUUUAUCUUUGCA